AAAACUCUUGAAAUGCAUCCAAAAUAAACUAUCCAUAAGCAGAAAAUAGGGGGGGAAAAGAAAAAAAACACAGCAUCUCCUCUUUGACGCAAACAAAGAAACAAACAACACAAACUAACUGGGUUUCUCAUUCACUUUCUUUGUCUCGGUGUUUUCCUCUAUUUCCGUUCCUACGGUUCCGUCCGGUUCGAUGAAGAGCAAGGUUCCGUGCUGUUCCGUGUGUCAAACGCGGUACGACGAGGAGCAACGGGUCCCACUUCUUCUCCAAUGCGGCCACGGCUUCUGUCGAGAGUGCCUUUCCAGAAUGUUCUCCGCGUCAACGGACACCACGCUCACGUGUCCCCGCUGCCGCCACGUGUCCCGCGUCGGAAACUCCGUCCACGCCCUCCCCAAGAACUUCCCCGUCCUGGCGCUCCUCCGCCCGCCCUCGGCUAACGCCGUGAGGUCCGUGCUGGACUUCGAUUUCGACUACACCGACGAGGAGGAGGAGGAGGAGGAGGAGGAGGAGCGGCGGGGCGGUGGGGGAUUGAGGGUGGGGCGGCGGAUUGGGGAGGGGAGGACGUGGACGGCGGUGAGGGGCGGGAAGAAGGUGGCGGUGAAGAAGGUGGAGGCGGUGGAGGAGGUGGAGUGGGUGAUGGAGAGGCUUGAGUGGUUGCGGAGGGCUUCCAUGUGGUGUAGGAAUGUGUGCGCCUUUCACGGGGCUGUCAGAGUUGGUCAUGAUGGAUUGUGGCUUCUCAUGGAUAGGUGUUACGGUUCCAUUCACUCUGAGAUGCAACGCAACCAUGGUAGACUCACUCUCGAGCAAGUCCUAAGGUUCUUUUCUUCAUCUUCUUCUUCUUUUUUUAUAAUUAGAAUGGGCGGGAAGAAGGUGGCGGUGAAGAAGGUGGAGGCGGUGGAGGAGGUGGAGUGGGUGAUGGAGAGGCUUGAGUGGUUGCGGAGGGCUUCCAUGUGGUGUAGGAAUGUGUGCGCCUUUCACGGGGCUGUCAGAGUUGGUCAUGAUGGAUUGUGGCUUCUCAUGGAUAGGUGUUACGGUUCCAUUCACUCUGAGAUGCAACGCAACCAUGGUAGACUCACUCUCGAGCAAGUCCUAAGAUAUGGGGCAGACAUUACACGAGGGAUUGCCGAACUUCAUGCUGCAGGCAUUAUUUGCAUGAAUAUAAAACCAUCCAAUCUUCUUCUUGAUUCGAAUGGUCAUGCAGUGGUUUCUGAUUAUGGGCUUGCUGCUAUUCUGAAGAAGCAUUCUUGUUGGAAGGUCCAACCUGAGUGUGCCUCUUCAAAGAACCACUCCUGUAUAGAAUGUACAGUGCUCAGUCCACAUUACACAGCUCCAGAGGCUUGGGAGCAACCUGCGAAGAAGUCAUUAAAUUUGUUCUGGGAUGAUGCAAUAGGCAUAUCAGCAGAGUCUGAUGCCUGGAGUUUUGGUUGCACACUGGUGGAGAUGUGCACGGGUUCUGUUCCUUGGGCUGGUUUAAGUACAGAGGAAAUUUAUCAAGCAGUUGUCAAGACAAAGAAACCGCCUCCACAGUAUGCUAGUGUGGUUGGUGGUGGAAUACCUAGUGAUUUGUGGAGGAUGAUUGGAGAUUGCUUACAUUUCAAGCCAUCUAAAAGGCCUAGUUUUGAUGCAAUGUUAGCAAUAUUUCUCCGUCAUUUGCAGGGAAUACCACGCAGCCUUCCUGCAAGCCCUGAUAAUGGCUUUGUUAAAAGCUUUUCGUCAAAUGUGAUGGAGUUGUCCCCUGUGCCUGAAUUAGUAGUUUCUCAGCAAAACCCGUUCCAUCUUCAUCAACUUGUGUCUGAGGGGGAUGUCAGAAGUGUUAGAGAUCUUCUAGUCAAGGCUGCAUCAGAUUAUGGCAGCAACUACAUAUCUUCUCUAUUGGAAGUUCAAAAUGCUGAUGGGCAAACUGCUCUCCACUUGGCUUGUAGACGUGGCAUGGCAGAACUUGUUGAGGCAAUUUUGGAGUAUGAGGAGGCAAAUGUUAAUGUCUUGGACAAAGAUGGAGAUCCUCCUCUCAUUUAUGCAUUAGCUGCUGGAUCCCCAGAAUGUGUUCAUAAUCUUAUUAAAAGAGGUGCUAACGUGAGGUCACAAUUAAGAGAUGGCUUUGGCCCAUCUGUUGCUCAUGUUUGUGCUCAUCAUGGUCAUCCAGAUUGCAUGCAAGAAUUACUAUUAGCUGGAGCUGAUCCUAAUGCAGUGGAUGAUGAAGGUGAAUCUGUACUGCAUAGAGCAGUUGCCAAGAAGUCCACUGAUUGCGCCCUUGUGAUACUGGAAAAUGGGGGCAGUAGAUCAAUGGCCAUCUUGAAUUCAAAGAAUAUGACACCGCUUCACUUGUGUGUGGCAACAUGGAAUGUUCCCGUUGUAAAAAGAUGGGUGGAAGUUGCAACUUCUGAUGAGAUUGCUGAAUCAAUUGACAUAGCGAGCCAUAUGGGCACGGCUUUGUGCAUGGCUGCUGCCUCUAAGAAAGACCAUGAAAGUGAGGGGAGAGAAUUGGUGCAAAUACUGCUCACUGCAGGAGCAGAUCCAUAUGCUCAAGAUUCACAGCAUGGAUGGACAGCUUUGCAUAUAGCUGUUAUGGCUGAUGAUGUUGAAUUGGUUAAGGUUAUUCUUGCUGCUGGUGUUGAUGUUAACAUUCGCAAUGUGCACAAUGGCAUACCUCUUCACACAGCCUUAGCUAGGGGAUCUAAGUCAUGUGUUGAACUACUUCUAUCUAUUGGGGCAGAUUGUAGUUUGCAGGAUGAUGAUGGUAACACUGCUUUCCAUAUAGCAGCAGAAACAGCAAAAAUGAUACGUGAAAAUCUUAAGUGGCUCAUUGUUAUGCUUGGGAAUCCUAAUGCUGAUGUCUUAGUCAGAAACCACAGUGGCAAGACUCUACGUGACAUCUUGGAGAUCCUUCCCCGACAAUGGAUAUCUGAAGAUCUGAUGGAAGCACUUAUGAAGAAAGGAGUUCGUCUCUCUCCUACAAUAUUUGAAGUGGGAGACUGGGUGAAGUUUAGGAAAACUUCCAUAACUCCAAAAAAUGCACGGGAAGGUGAACUGCAGAAGCGGGUGGGCUUUGUGCAAAGAGUUUCAGACAAAGAUAAUCUCAUUGUUUCAUUUUGUUCUGGAGAGUACAGUGUUUUGGCAAAUGAAGUAAUAAAAGUCAUUCCAUUAGACAGGGGACAACAUGUGCAGCUUAAAGAGGAUGUAAAAGAGCCCAGGUUCGGUUGGCCUGGGCAAUCUCAUGACAGCAUUGGAACAGUAUUAUGUGUUGAUGAUGAUGGUAUCAUCCGAGUUGGGUUUCCUGGACAAUCCAGAGGAUGGAAAGCUGACCCAGGAGAGAUGGAACGGGUUGAGCAAUUCAAGGUUGGAGACUGGGUUCGUAUUCGUCCUUUUCUUACAUCUACAAAGUAUGGGUUAGGAUCUGUGACACCAGGAAGCAUUGGCAUUGUAUAUUGUAUCAGACCAGACAGUAGUCUGUUAAUUGAACUGAGUUAUCUUCAAACUCCAUGGCAUUGUGAACCAGAGGAGGUCGAGCAUGUUGUUCCUUUUAGGAUUGGUGAUCAGAUAUGUGUUAAGCGAUCUGUUGCAGAACCUAGAUAUGCUUGGGGAGGUGAGACACAUCAUAGUGUUGGAAAAAUAAGAGAGAUUGAGAGUGAUGGUCUCCUAAUUAUAGAUAUACCAAACCGACCUGUUCCAUGGCAGGCAGAUCCGUCAGAUAUGGAGAAGGUGGAAAACUUUAAGGUUGGAGAUUGGGUUAGAGUUAAAGCUUCAGUGUCUGCUCCAAGAUAUGGGUGGGAGGAUAUUACAAGAAACAGUAUUGGAGUAAUUCAUAGCUUGGAGGAGGAUGGCGAUAUAGGUAUUGCCUUUUGCUUCAGGAAUAAGCUUUUUACUUGCUCAGUCACUGAUGUUGAGAAAGUUCCCCAUUUUGAGGUGGGGCAAGAAAUUCAUGUGAUGCCAUCUGUCAACCAGCCGCGGCUUGGAUGGUCCGAGCAAUCACCCUCAACUGUUGGAAAAAUAGCAAGAAUUGAUCUGGAUGGUGCACUCAAUGUGAGGGUCUCUGGUAGGAAGAGCCUGUGGAAAGUUUCACCUGGAGAUGUGGAACAACUUCCAGGAUUUGAAGUUGGUGACUGGGUAUGCUCAAAACCGAGCCUGGGAAGCAGAUCAAGUAAUGACUUGAAUGGAGUUGGAAGUAUAGCUGUUGUUCAUAGUGUACAGGAUUCUGGUUACUUGGAACUGGCUUUCUGUUUCCGUAAAUUAAAGUCAUUGACUCAUUAUACAGAAGUUGAAAAGGUUCCUUGCUUUAAAGUUGGUCAGUAUGUUAGGUUCAGAACUGGUUUAGUGGAACCGAGGUGGGGUUGGAGAGGAGCUCAGCCUGAAUCUCGAGGCGUUUUAACCAGCAUUCAUGCUGAUGGAGAAGUGAAGGUGGCAUUCUUUGGUUUGUCAGGAUUGUGGAGAGGAGACCCUGCAGACCUGGAAAUUGAACAGAUGUUCGAAGUGGGAGAGUGGGUGAGAUUAAAAGAUGAUGCCAAUGAUUGGAACUCAAUAGGGCCAGGUAGUGUUGGUGUUGUGCAAGGCAUAGGGCAUGAAGGAGAAGAAUGGAACAAAAGUACUUAUGUUGCCUUUUGUGGAGAGCAAGAAAAAUGGGAAGGACCAAGUUCCCACCUUGAAAGAGUUCACAAACUCUUUGCUGGACAGAAGGUUAGAGUUAAACUUAACGUAAAGCAACCAAGAUUUGGGUGGUCUGGUCACACCCAUGCAAGCAUUGAAACGAUACAAGCCAUUGAUGGUGAUGGAAAGCUUCGAAUACACACACCACCAGAAUCAAGAGCAUGGAUGUUGGACCCAUCAGAAGUAGAGGUGGUAGAACAGAAGGGGCUCUGUAUUGGAGACUGGGUCAAGGUUAAAGCAUCAGUUUCAACCCCAACCCACCAUUGGGGAGAGGUGACUCAUUCAAGCAUAGGAGUGGUGCAUCGGAUGGAAGAUGAGGAUCUGUGGGUGGCUUUCUGUUUUAUGGAGAGGCUAUGGCUUUGUAAGGCAUGGGAAAUGGAACAAGUAAGGCCAUUUAAAGUGGGAGACAAUGUUAGAAUAAAAGAUGGAUUGGUGAGCCCAAGGUGGGGUUGGGGAAUGGAGACGCAUGCCAGCAAGGGCCGGGUGGUAGGGGUAGAUGCGAAUGGCAAGAUAAGAAUAAAGUUCCAGUGGAGGGAAGGGAGGCCUCGGGUAGGAGACCCUGCUGAUUUUUUCCUUGAUGAAUGAUGAGAAUUUGAUGUGCUACGUACGCAGAUCAUGAACGCUUUUCUCAUAUAAUUUGAUUCUCAUAGAGCUCUUGAGCAUAUGCUUAUCUGGGCCCUACUUUGUGCCAAGAAAACUUUGCUGCCCUUCAAACUAAAUGUUUUGAAAGAUGGAAUACUGUUUUUGACUAAUAUUUCUUCAUGUUUACAUACAGAAGUGGAAGGAGUGAAGUUAGUACAGAUUUAUUCUUAGCUUAGGCCAUUUUAUAUACAUAACUUGAUUAAAUUAUAGUCCCAGAUUGAGGUAUAUAUGUAUUUGCUUAUAGUUUUGUAAAUAUUGCACUUCACAGUCAACUCUUUAUUCAAAAUAAUACAAUUGCAUUGUACAGUGGGAUAAUUCUUGAAUGGAUUUUGUUUCAUUA